AUGGAAAAAGAAUAUUGCUCCUCUGUGACUGCAUUCAUUUUCUUGGGGAUUACCAGUAAUCUGGGAGGGAAAGUGACCUUAUUUGCCAUGUUACUUGUUUAUCUUAUUAAUCUUCUGAGAAAUCUUGGAGUGAUAAUUUUGAUUAGAAUGGAUCCCCAGCUGCAAACACCAAUGUACCUUUUCCUCAGCCACCUCUCCUUCUGUGACCUCAGCUAUUUCACAACAAUCGGAUCUAAGAUGCUGGUUGACCUCUUAGCCAAGAACAAACCAAUCCCCUUCUAUGGCUGUGCCCUACAGUUCUUGAUUGCCUGUACCUUUGCAGAUUCUGAGUGUCUCCUGCUGGCAGUGAUGGCCUAUGACCAGUACAAAGCCAUCAGCAGCCCCUUGCUCUAUGCGGUCAGCAUGUCCAGCAGGUUGUGCUCCCUGCUCAUGGCUGGGGUUUACUUGGUGGGGAUGACAGCUGCUCUGAUACACAUGACAUUAGCAUUCUGCUUAUGUUUCUGUGGGGCAAAUGAGAUUAACCACUUCUGUGACUUACCUCCACUCUACCUUCUUUCCUGCUCUGAUACACAGGUCAGUGAAUUGACAGUGUUUAUUGUUUUUGGAGUUAUUGAAUUGAGCUUGAUUUCAGGAGCUCUUGUCUCUUACUAUUAUAUCAUCGUAGCAGCCUCAAAGAUCCAUUCUGCUGAGGGGAGGUUCAAAGCUUUCUCCAUCUGUGCCUCCCACCUAACUGCUGUGGCAAUUUUCCAGGGAACUCUGCUUUUUAUGUACUUCAGGCCAAGUUCAAUCUACUCUUUAGAUCAAGACAAAAUGACAUCAUUGUUUUACACCCUUAUGAUUCCCAUGUUAAACAUUAUGAUUUAUAGCCUAUGGAACAAGGAUGUGAAAAAUGCCCUAAAAAACUAA